AUUUGACAUGAAAUGAAAAAAAAAGACUAAAAAGCUUAUGUUAAUAUAAUCGCGUAUACAACGCGUAAUUAAUCAAUUAUCUAAAGAGUAGUUGUCAUCGUCGACUACUCAGCAUUAAAACAAUUUUCAUACGGACAAAAUAACCAAUGAAUAACAACAUCAAAAACCAGAGGAUGUGCGUGAGUGUAAUAAUACUCGAAUGAUUCAUUUAUGUCGUAUAUGGCUAGGGGAAAUACCUAAUGGUACAAAAACGGACAUGUGGAAACUCCUGAUAUCAUCAAUAGCGUUGAUUGUUAUUAGUAUUCUAAAAACUAAGGCCGUUUUACUAGCUCCAUCCUUUACUCCAAUUGUUAUAUCUGCAAACUAUACACAAAAUUAUAAUGCUUCAAUAAACAGUACCAUCGAAUAUGUAUUCUUAUAUCCUACAAAGAAUAACACAUUAUUAAAAACUGCAAGAAUACAAGUGCAAAGUGAUGCUACCUCUGAUUUACCUUUGAUCGUAGUCGUUCGACAAGAUAGAGGGAUUCUAUCCUGGCAGAUUCCUCUUAUUAUUGAAAGUGUAAAUUUUGAUCCAUUGAAAUAUAAUAAAACCAGUCGAACGUUAUGUUCAACAAAAUAUUAUAAAAGUGAUUAUCAUGAUGCAGAUGAUCAAGAUUUUAUUUCUGUUAGUAUAUCUACAGCUAGUCAUACAAAUAUCUUUUUUAAUCUUAGUGUAACAGAAGAAACAGAUUUUAAUAUAAGACUAAAUGAAAAAAGAAGUGUAGAAAUUUCUCCUUCGGAGCCCAUAUAUUAUAGUUACAUCUUUCCAGAAGAAUCCCAAAGUUCGUCUGUAAUUGUUAGUGUUGAAUCAGACAAUGAUAUUUGCAUGACAUUCUCUAUACAAAACGUAUCCUGUCCAGUAUUUGACUUGGAACGAAAUAUUGAAUUUUCUGGACAUUGGCAAACUAUAAGUCAGAAAGGUGGUAUCACAGUAUCUAAAGAAGCAUAUCCUUUUGGAUUUUUUAUUGUACUUGUAGUUAAAGGAGAUGACACAGAUUGUAAUGGUGUACUCAGCACCAGGUUGCUUAGGAGUAAAAAUAUUACAUUAACUGUAAAUGCCAGUAUUACAAAAAAAGAUUAUGUUGUGGCUUCAUGUGCAGCAGCAUUUGUUAUCAUUAUAUUUUGUGUAUGCUGUGUAGUAGCUGUGAUUGUAGGUAAAAUUAGAGAAGGUAAAAAGCUUCGGGAAGAAAUGCUAACCGACAGAGAUAAUGAAAUUAGUCAGAAUAUUCAAAGUCCUUCGGCUUUAGAAGAGAUUGGUCCUAGUCAAUGGGCAACGGUUGAAGAAGAUUCUUCAUUAGAUGAGGAUGAUAUUGAUAUGAUGGAGGAUGCUCUUUCAGAUAAAGAAGUAAUACGAACAAAAAUUGUACUGUCAGUUUGUGAUUUAGCACGGAAGGAACCAAAAAUUUUAAAGCAUAAAUCACGCUUGUAUUUAUAUUAUUUAGCAACUGUUGCUAUUUUUUAUACGUUACCUGUUUUACAACUGGUAAUAACAUAUGAACGAGUGCUUCAUGCUACUGGAAAUCAAGAUAUGUGUUAUUAUAAUUUCUUAUGUGCACAUCCAUUGGGAUUAAUAUCUGACUUUAAUCACGUUUUUUCAAACUGUGGAUACGUUCUGCUUGGUUUAUUAUUUAUAUUUUUAACGUAUACACGAGAAUUAGAAGAAUCAGACAAACAAAAAACAAAAUGUUAUGGAAUACCACAGCAUUAUGGACUUUUCUAUGCAAUGGGUACUGCACUCAUAAUGGAAGGUGUUCUUUCGGGAAGUUAUCAUGUCUGUCCAAGUCGUAGUAAUUUUCAAUUUGAUACUAGUUUCAUGUAUAUAAUAGCAGUACUAUGUAUGAUAAAAAUUUAUCAAACUCGUCAUCCUGAUAUAAACGCUAGAGCUCCAGUAACCUUUGGGACAUUGGCCCUUAUUAUACUUUUAGGAUUAGUUGGAGUCUUAGAUGGUUCCACAUACUUUUGGGCAAUAUUUACGACAACACAUUUGUUUGCCUGUUUGAAUUUAACAGCCCAGAUAUAUUAUAUGGGACGUUGGAGAUGUAACAGAGGCCUUUUUACUAGGGUUUUUCAAACAUUAAAACACGACGCACGUUGUGGAGUAACAUAUUUAUUCCGGCCACUUUAUGCUGGAAGAUUUGCAAUGCUUGUUGUAGCAAAUUUGUGUAAUAUUGGUUUAUCGGUAUAUGGUAAUCUAUAUCAUGAGAAAAAUUUCGCUACAUUUUUAUUAGCGAUCUUAAUGUCCAAUUUAAUUUUAUAUACAUUGUUUUAUAUAAUAAUGAAGUUGUGCCAUAAAGAAAAAAUCUUACUUAAACCAUUAAUGUACAUCAUAUUAGCAGUCUUAUUCUGGGCAGCUGCAUUAUAUUUCUUCAUACAUAAGACGAUAUCCUGGAAUCUUACUCCCGCCCAAUCACGUCUUUUUAAUAAGCCUUGCAUAUUAUUAAACUUUUUCGAUUCACACGAUAUUUGGCACUUCUUGUCUGCAUUUGCGAUGUUCUUCUCGUUUAUGAUUCUACUUACCUUAGAUGAUGAUCUUGUUGACGUACAUCGAAGUCAAAUCCCAGUUUUCUAAAGUUAUAUAAAUAAAUUGAGAUCAUGUAUCUAAUGUGAGAUUUAUGCAAGUUUAAGACUGCAUAUAAUGUAUAUAAUAUAAAAGACAAAUAAUUAAAGAUGAUAUAAAAUUUA